AUGACAGCUCACCUCCCGGCUCCUCGGGCUCCGGCUCCUCGGGCUCCGGCUCCUCGGGCUCUUCUGGCUGUGCUGUGGGCUCUGGUGGCCGCGGGCAGCUGGGCCGGGGGGAGCGGGGGGGCCGAGGACCACCUGCUGCUGCCGCCGCCCCGCAACGCGUCCCUGAACCUCUCCCUGACGCCUCCCCUGCGGGUGGACUCGGCUGCCCCCGGGUCCGGGUCCGGGUCCCGGGGUCCGGCUCCGGCUCCGGCUCCGGCUCCGGGUCCGGGUCCGAACCCGUGCAACAUCACAGCCCGGAGGCUGGCGGCCACCUCGCUGCUGGUCCGCUGGGAGAGGUCCUCCCGCUUCGAGUGCGAUGUCCUGCUCUUCAGCACCAGCAGCCCGGGCAGGUCCUUCUUCUCCGCCGCCCUCAGCCGGGUCUCCUCGCCCGCCACCAUCGACCACGUCGGGGUCGGGGGGGGACAAGGUCAGCAGCUGUUCAAACUCUGCGUCGGAUGCGGUGGAGCCCGGCUCGGCAGGUCAGGACCGAGGAGGACUGCUGCUCCUCCUCCUCCUCCUCCUCCCCACCCACCACCACCACCAUCACCCCCUCGCCCCCAGACCCACCACCUCCUCCAGGCCGAGUGGGUGAACUUCUGCUGCCUGGACUUCAGGUUGGAGGAGCUGAGGGGUGACCCCGGCUGGAGGUUCAACCGCAAGCCCAUCGAGUCCACCCUGGUGGCUUGUUUCAUGACCGUCGUGAUCAUCAUCUGGAGCGUGGCUGCCCUGAUCUGGCCCGUGCCCAUCAUCGCUGGCUUCCUCCCCAAUGGCAUGGAGCAGAGGAGGGGGUGA